CCUCCUGGUACCAAAGUGACACAACCGUGUUCAGACAUCUCCACGUCGGGCUCGAUUUUAAUCCCUGUCAUACCAGUAGCCCAAUUCAUCUCACAUACAAAAUUCUAGAGCGGAAUCGAAAGACGACAGCCAUGAAGAUUCUAGAGGCUCAGUCGGCCACUUUGACGAACUAUGAAGUCUAUCAACAUUUGACUGAGCAAAAGAGAAGAUAUUCUGGUACCAAGGGACGAAGACCAGGAAAUCUGGAGACCGUGGUCAAGGAGCUAUUGGACUAUUUCCAUGAAGCUCCAUCUCCACUGGCUUCCAAACCAUUUCCCUACCACGAUGGGGUAUUCAAAGCACUUCUCGAGCGAUUACGCCCUUGGGACUUCACCAAAGCCGAAAUACUUAUGAUCAUGAAUCUACGACCAACGAAGCCAGAGAAUCUGAACACGAUUGUAGAGGAGAUGGAGGAAAGGUUUCCAGGUGACGAGCUUCAGUGGGAAAUUGUGAGCGCAAUUGCAGAGGUUUUGGGGAAGCCAGAUGGAGAAGCCGAGAGGCAAGCUAUGUCUGAUGAGGCCAAAGAAGCUAGGAAAGAGCAAGCAGAUAGACGGGAUGAUGUUGAUAUGGAUGGGUAGACAUCUUGCACUGGAUCACAGAUGAGUCAUGACUGGCGUUGGCGUUGCAUUGCUCGGGGUUUGCAGAUCGUUGAGAGUUUGGCUUGUUAAUCUUUGAACACUCAUAAUUGCUGCUUUGUUCGUUGCUGUUGUUGCAUCUUGAGAACACGACUGCAUAGUUGCAUGUCGGUCUUCGCAAAGUAAAUGUAGCAUGAUUCACAGGAC